CGCUCACACCGACGUCCCCCGCGAACAACAACCCCGCUACCACGCCCAAUACAGCUUAAUCUAGAGGCGUCGACGCGUGUCAAACUUCAAUAUGAAGCUCGUCAGGUAAGCCUCUGCCCCCAAAACACCCGCCGUGUGUGGCACAAGCUGAGCUCUCAAUUCUCAAGGCUCCCGCAUCAAGCUCUCUGACUGACCUCCUUGCUUGCUGGUAGGUUUUUGAUGAAGUGCGCGAACGAGACGGUAACCAUUGAACUCAAAAAUGGUUAGUUUCCCCUAACAUUCUCGAGGCGGAAGCUUUUUUUGUUGACUGGGAGGAAAAGGCACAAUCAUCCAUGGUACCAUAACUUCAGUAUCGCCUCAAAUGAACACGGCGCUACGAACUGUCAAGAUGACCCAGCGCGGUCGGGAACCAAUCUCUUUGGAUACAAUCAACUUGCGCGGUUCGACUAUACGAUAUUACAUCUUACCCGACUCUCUCCCCUUGGACACUCUCCUGAUUGACGAUGCGCCCAAGCCAAAGAACAAGGCGAGAAAGGAGGUCGCAGACCGAGGAGGACCAGUUAGAGGAGGCAGAGGACGCGGUGGACCAAGAGGACGUGGAAGAGGUGGCGGUGGACGAGGACGAGGUGGUGGAAGAGGAUUUUAG